UUUUUAGCAUUUUCUACCGGGGGCACGCUACCCGCCGCGGUCCAGACUCUUGCUUUGUAAACGGGUUUUCUAUGUAUGUGUGUGUAGAUAUACUUUGGACACCUUGCAACGCCUGCGCCUCUCCGACAGGGGCACGGCUUGUUGUUUUGGACAUCCUUCUUCCCUUUCCACUUGGUACUCCGAACGCAGUGUGACCAAAGUCCCCACUGCCCCCUUGGACGCGGAUCGCCUGGGGGUGCAAGUUUGGGAUGCAAGAGUCUAGUUAACAGGAAGGCCUGGGACCGCCCCGCCCCCGCCGCCAGAGGUUGGGGAAGUUUACAUCUGGAUUUUCACACAUUUUGUCGCCACUGCCCAGACUCUUGACUAACCUUGUGGGCGCCGGGUUUUCAGUACUGCAGCCUUCUCAAAUAUUAGCACUGCCUCCCCGCGCCUGCCCUGUCCCUCCAGGCCGCCGAGGUCCUGCCCUGCCCUCGCCCCGGCGGAGCGUGAUCCCGAGGGCGCAGUGGAGCCCGGGGCCUGGGGCCCGCGCUGAGCAGCUAUGGCUGCAGCGAUAGCCAGCUCCUUGAUCCGGCAGAAGCGACAGGCGAGGGAGUCCAACAGCGACCGGGUGUCGGCCUCCAAGCGCCGUUCCAGCCCCAGCAAAGACGGGCGCUCCCUGUGCGAGAGGCACGUCCUCGGGGUAUUCAGCAAAGUGCGCUUCUGCAGCGGCCGCAAGAGGCCAGUGAGGAGGAGACCAGAACCCCAGCUGAAAGGAAUUGUGACAAGGUUAUUCAGCCAGCAGGGAUAUUUCCUGCAGAUGCACCCAGAUGGUACCAUCGAUGGGACCAAGGACGAAAACAGCGACUACACCCUCUUCAAUCUAAUCCCUGUGGGCCUGCGUGUGGUGGCCAUCCAAGGGGUCAAGGCCAGCCUCUAUGUGGCCAUGAAUGGUGAAGGCUAUCUCUACAGCUCAAUGGUCUCAUCAUUUAGAAUCAGAUGGAAGGAUGUUUUCACUCCAGAAUGCAAAUUUAAGGAAUCUGUGUUUGAAAACUACUAUGUGAUCUAUUCUUCCACACUGUACCGUCAGCAAGAAUCAGGCCGAGCUUGGUUUUUGGGACUCAAUAAGGAAGGUCAGAUUAUGAAGGGGAACAGAGUGAAGAAAACCAAGCCCUCAUCACAUUUUGUACCAAAACCUAUUGAAGUGUGUAUGUACAGAGAGCCAUCACUACAUGAAAUUGGAGAAAAACAAGGGCGUUCAAGGAAAAGUUCUGGAACACCGACCAUGAAUGGAGGCAAAGUUGUGAAUCAAGAUUCAACAUAGCUGAGAACUCUUCCCUUCGUCCCGCUGUCAUCCCUUCCCUUUCUCCCCCUGUCCUUUACCCAUUUCCUUCCAAUAAAUCCACCCAAGGAGAGGAAAAUAAAAUGGCAACCCAGGACCUAGUGGCUAAGAUUCUGCACUCAAAAUCUUCCUUUGUGUAGGUCAAGAAAAUUGAACCAAAGCUUGCCUGUUGCAAUGUGGUAGAAAAUGCACAUGCACAAAGAUUAGCACACCUAAAAGCAGAGGAAAAAAUAAAUCAAGACUCCACAAGCAUUAAAAUAAACUGUUGUUAUUAAUAGAGGACUAAUUGUAAUGAAGACAUAAAUAUAAUAAAGAUGAAAUAAAGUUAUUACCUUAAAGAAAAGGGUUUUGGAGAAUUGAACUUACAAAUCGAUGUAAUAUCCUAAAUGGCUUAAACUAUGGAUAAUGCUGUGAUGUGUGUUUUGAAUUUGUAUUUUCUUUGGGCAUUUGGAAUUGACACAAAAUUGCAGUCUGUUUCCAGGAUUUUUACCAUAAUAUUGAACAUGUAUGAAGUACAGAUUCUUCUAGUGCCUAUAAGGUAUAUAGCCAGGGAUCAUUUAACAUCAAGAAAAAUUUUAUUUUAAAAUUUUAUUCCUGAAAUCAAUAUUUAAGACUGUUUUAUGCAAAGGAUAGUCAUAUGUUGAAUUUAGUGCUAUUAGCUGAUUUCAUUCCUUCCUAACAAGAGUUUCAGAUUCUCCUAGAAGAAUAUCAUAUUUUUUUCAAAAGUAUUAAUUCAGGAGCUCAUUUUUUUUUUUUUUCUUUUAGUCACUUAGAAAAAAAAUUCCUUGUUCUAAGAUUGAAGUAACUUUUAGGAAAUUCUUUGUUAUUGCCAUGCCUUGGCAGUGAUAUGUAAGUUAUGUGGUUUUACCAUUUGAUCUGAUUUUUUGUUUUUUUACUUUGUGGACACCUUUUAGAGUAUAGGUAAAUGUCUAGCUGUCUUAGAAGAGAGUUUUAUACCAUUUCUUGCAGCAGAAAGGAAGGAAAAGGUGUUUUACAUAAGGAAAUAAAUCUUAAUAAGUUGGUGCAAGCAAGCUGUAUCUAUAUUUGCCUUUGUACCUUACUAAGUUUUCUGUAUGUAGCAUUUUCCAAACUUCACCAAGGAAUUGGGAGGCAUGGCUGUGAAAUUCUUAACUUACUAUCUUAUGAAGCCAGUAAAUUGUUUGUUGCUAGAUAGCCUCAUUUAUAAAUCUAUUUGAAAAUAAGUCUGUCUCCUAGAACACAGAAGGAAAUUGUUAUACCCUGGAUUUUCAAGGGGCGUUGAGAAAUAAUACUAAAUUAACAGCCAUGGUUCCGACAGAGGCUCCUGUUGUCUCACACAACAGGGUUUUGUGAGUGAGUGGCUUAAAGUAAUAAAAAAAAAAAAGAGUGUAAGCCUAGGCAAAUGCAGAGUUAGGAACACUGAAAUGUUAAAGAAGAAAUGAAUACAAUUGCCUUGGGAAAAAAAUAAAUCUUGGUCCUACAAAUCAGGAAUGGUGUAGAGACAUCCAAAACAAAACAAAACAGAAUAUUAAAAAAUAUAUGCAGAUUUAUGGAUGUUACCAAUGAGAAGACUUAGCAUGUUACUUCUCCUAUAGCUCUUCCGUCCAGCAUGUAUUGUUCCAAAUACUCCCUAAAAUAUACACUUUGCAGAAACUCUAGGCCCUCACUUUAAUGACCUUGUCAUUGGUUGCUGUAUUCUUUCAAAGUCACUGUAAUUUCCCUCACUCCACAUGAUCAUUAGUGGUCGGUGUCCUUCACCAAGUAUUCUAUUUCUCUUAUCAGGAGGUGAGCAGAAAAUGAAAUGAAGGAAUUCGUCUAAUCAGUUGCAAAGAAUGAAAGUUAUGCAUCUUGGCAAGGAUUUUGAACACACAUCUGCAAGGGCUAUUUGUUUAAUCAAAAUAUUUGGAAAGUAAGAAAUAAAGACAUUUAAACUAAAGAAAAGAAUGUUAUUCUUCUAGGAAAAGAAUGCCCUUGUAAAAAGAAAUACAACUCGAGUUCUAUUUCUCCUUGUCACUCUUGAUUCAACUUGAUUAUAAAUGCACCUGUCACUUCCAGGACCAAUCAAAUUAUAAGCACAAAGCCUUAUUUAUUUAUUUAGGAAAAAAUAAAAAGGAAACUUCUACAAAAUGGCUCCCAGGCUCAUUUAGCAUAAAAUGACUUGAACUUUUUGGUCAUACACACAAUCCACACAUAUACACACAUCACAAGCUCACAAGUGACACAGUUGACAGUUUCACAAAGUGUUUUCAAUUAUACUGAUGAUUUCAUGACAGAAUAUAUCUCAUCUAGUUCAAUAUUAUGGAAAAUAUGAUAAAGAUAUGAAUCUCCAACAAAAUUCUUCCCUUUAUUUACAAUGGCUGUUUAUCAUUUUUACAUCUAGAUGCACAUCUUCCCCCUUUCUGAAAGCACUGAAGAAAGUUCUAACUACCCAAUUUGUAUUUUGCGUUUCUCCAUAUCAUUUAAGCAAAUGUUCACCAUGGUGAAACAUUUGGAAAUUGGCUUUGUUAAGUUAUACUUAAUUUCAGAAAAUAAAUUGUUGGAAAUCUCAAGCUCUUUAACAGAUUAACCUGACAAAAGCUAUGGUUUAGAGCACAGGGUGAGCUUUUGCCUAACCGCUGCUUAUUUUCUAAGUACAUAAAGCCUUUAAUAGAAGAAUUCAGUAUUCACUAUCUAGGUUUUUAAAAUAUUGUCAGAUAUGUACAUAUUAUUAUUCUAUUUCCUCCAAAAAUAUGAGCCAUUUUAAAGAGUUUGCUUUUCAGGUUUAUGCACAAUAUUUAUCUUAAUUUUCAUCAUCCAAUUUCUGGGUCUCAAUUUACCCAUUACUUAUUCUCCUAUAAGUAAACUAUUUUUUUUUUUCUUAAAUGCAUUGGGAUAGUCUCAGCAAAAUUAUGACUUUCAGUAAAGCUUUGCAAUUGACUAUGUAAAUAUAAGGUAAAAUAUGCUUAUUCUAAGAGUCCUUAUUGUAUUGAUAACAUGUUUCAAAAUCAGUGGGCUUAAGAAUGAAAACAAAACUUUUGAGAAUCUCACAAAGUAGUUUUCUGGCCAGUAUACCUUACUAAUGAUUAAGCUAGAAGUCUGAGCUAUAGAAACAAAAUGGUGCUGAAGUUCCAUUGGCUAACUGAGAGAUUUUGUACUUCAGGAAACUGGAGGACAGCAAGUCAGCUUAUCCUUGAUCAUGGUAAGAGUUUGAGUUUUGAAUUUUGCAUAUGAAUUUCAUAGCACCUUUUCAGUUAUUAUGGAUUAGCACAAUAAAAAGACAUUAAUUUGACACAAAUGAUUGCUUUAUGGGCCUCAUUCUAAUCCAGAUAGCUGUUAGAAGAAUUGUUCUACUGAAGAAAAGGACAAUCCUGUUGAUAGGUAUUCUAUGUAGAUGAGUGGUUCUGCGGUACCACUACAAGAGAUGAGAGUAUUAAGACAAAAGUAAAGGAUGAAGAAUAUUACUGUGAGUUGAAAAGUCUGACAGUCCUAAUUUGGGACCAAUAAUUCCCUGGUGGAGAAGCAUGACUACAUCAACAGUAAUUUUUUUUCAACAUGACCCAGAAAUAACAAAUCUACGAUUCCACCUUCAAGGCUUCGUCUCUAAGGUCACGCUCCAAGAAGGUUUUCCAUCAUGUUGCUCAAUUUCAUCUGCACCAGGUGAAACACACUCCAGCAUAAAAAUCCCCUGUUUAUUUUAAUAUCAUAAAAGGCUGAGAUUCUUUCUCUGUCAUAAACCUGUAAAUAGCAUUUUAUAAAUCAGAAUCACCUUCAAAACAGUGAAUUGUUCUACAAAUAUAUAUGUGUAUAUAUACACAUGCUUCUGAAAUAAGGGUAUAUUCUAUAGAGUUUUUAUUUGAUUUGUGUUCUUUCGUCGUAGGUAAUUGCAGAUAAAGAGGUUUGAAUGCAAAACUUUAUAUAUAUAUGUAUAUAUACAUAUACUCAUAUAUAUAAGUGUAUAAGUUGCCACUUUAUAAUAAAAAAGAAACAGGUGGGAACAAUAAUCAAAGCACAUACUCCUUCAGAAUGCCAGUAAUUCUGAAUCCCUUCUUUGAUGCAGAAAUAGCUAUUUUUAUUUCUAAAACGGGAUUUUGAAGAGUUGUACUUCCUGAUACAGCUUCCCUGGUAAGUCAUAUUGUAUUGAAAAUUUAUAGUUGAGGGCAAGAAAAAAAGUGCUAAAUGCAGAUAUUCAUUUUUCUGGAAUUUUCCUGGAACCCAAGUUAAAAAUCAACAUUUAAAAUCGAAAUUAAGUGAAAAUAACUAAUGUUUGCAGAUGAUAUAUUGAGCUUCAGUAACAGAAGCGAAAAUAUGUUUAACACUAUUAUAAUAAAUUUAAAAUAAUACCAUAGUAGAAACUGCAUCAUUAGGCAUUUUAUUAGUUGGAAAAGAAUGAGUGGAUGUUUUUUGUCUUUGCUCUAAGCACAACCUAAAGACUGUGGCUUUAAUUUUUUCUUAAAGUUGUUCAAAAGUCCAAAAUAUACUCCCAUGAAUAGAGUGGGUUUUAGGCUCCAUUGCAAGGUUAAAUGUUAACAUCUUAAAGAAAUUAUUGAGACUGAAAUGUUUAAUAAACGCAUUGUAUGAGAAACCAAACAAAUUAAUGUUUUGUUUUUACAUUAAAGUACAGAUUACUCAAAUCAUUGUUUUUUUGAGAUCGAAUUUGUAAAAUGUUUAUACAUCACAA